AUGCGUCUUACGGUCUCCUUGUUGUUGACAGCUGCUGCAUCAGCAGUGGCCCAAAACACCACCCAAGUCUACGACUAUGCCAUCGCAGGCGCCGGCACAGCAGGACUCCUCUUAGCUAUCGUCCUCACUGAAGACCCUUCUAUCAAUGUCGCUGUUCUUGAAGCUGGCUUGGAUGGUCGCACCAACCCGAACAUCACUAUUCCGGAAUUGAGAGGCGAAAUCAUCGAUACGGAAUAUGAUUGGGAUUAUUAUAGUACUGUUCAACCUGGUCUGUAUGAGAACAGAAGUCAGGCUGUCAACAGAGGCAAGACGAUCGGUGGAACUAGUGCUAUGAACUGGAUGAUCCACAACGAAGACUCUCGCGUCCAGCUUGAUAUCUGGGAAUCGCUGCUCAAUCUUACUGGCUGGAACUGGGAAACUCUGUCCACUGCCUUCAGAGAAAGUGAGAUGUUCUUCGCUCCUCCGGCCAACGCAUCCUCUGCUGAACACCCAAACCCUGCAAAUCAUGGAUCUUCUGGGUACAUUUGCUCGACUUUGCAACGUAGUGUCCUGUCUCUGCUGUCAGACUACGUGACCCCUGCCUUGCUCAACGCUGGCUAUGCGGUACCUGGAGACCGCAAUGGUGGCAAUGUUACUGGUGCUGGGUUCUUGCCUCUUGCUAUCUGUCCAGGCAAUUACACUAGAAGCUAUGCUGGAUCUGCAUAUACUGCUGUUCAGGAUAGGCAAAACUUGCAUCUCUACACAAAUGCUCAAGUUACAAAUAUCAGCUGGGCCUCGACAGCAUCUGGCAACGUUACUGCUCGUGGACUCAACUACGUGGAUACUUCCGGUCGCACUUCGAAUAACAGUCUCUCCAUCCACGCCGAUGAAAUCAUCUUAUCAUCAGGAAUCGCAGGCUCGCCCCCAAUAUUGGAACGCUCUGGCAUAGGCAAUCCAGAUAUCCUGAUGCCACUCAAUAUUACGCCAGUCGUAAACCUCAGCAGUGUUGGCACAGGACUCAGAGAUCCACUAAUGAUGCAAUAUCAACCACUCCAAUACAACUUUAGCGUUGAGUUUACAGGUGGCGAGUACGCUCAAAACUACAUCGAUCUGCGACCAGCCCAAGAUGUGUUGUCGGCUGCUGACUACAAUGCUGCAUCUACGUGGCUCAAUUCCACUGCCUCAAUUCCUGGUCUUGAAGACGCACAAUUUACUGUGUUCAAGCACCUCUGGUUUACACGCCAACCAUUGAUCGAGAUGGCCUGGCAGUACAGCAGUACACAAUCUAUGCCUUAUACUCUGGUUCCUUUGAGUCAAGGCACCGUACACAUCAACUCUUCCGACCCAAUGGCUGCGCCAGUGAUCAACCCCAACUACAACUCCGUCACUGCAACCAUCGGCAACGAGACUGUAUCCUGGGACAUCUGGCUACUAUCCCGCGCAUCGCAAUUCUACGUCACCGAACUUGCUUCUCAUGAGCCAUUCUCAAGCGUUCUCACCAAGACCGACCCUGAUCACAACCUCUCUCCAGCAGCCUACCAACAAAUCGUCUACGAACGCUCAGGCACAUCCCAACAUCUCACCGGCGGCCUCCCUAUGCUGCCUCGUUCUGCAGGCGGUGUCGUAGACGCCCAAAUGCUUGUUUACGGUACUUCCAACGUGCGCGUCGUGGACGGAAGUAUUUUCCCCUACCAACCUUCUGCUCAUCCUAUGGGAUUGACUUAUGCUGUUGCUGUGCAUGCAGCGAAGAUUUUGCAACAGAUUAAGGGCAGUAAACUUACCUAUACGGAGGUUCCUGCCAUCAGUAAUGGUAGUUCGAAUGCGACGGCGAGUUUCCCGAAUGUGAGGCCUACGGUUACGUAUGAUCCUAGAGGGUCUGCUGUUCCUGCUUCUUCGUCGGUUGGUGUGUACACGGGUGGAGUUAAGAAACUGGAGAUGUCUGAGUGGGUGCUAGGGUUUGUCGUUGUGGCUUUGGGAUGGAAUGUUUUGAUGUAG